GUGGCUUACUGAUUCUCGAGAAAGACUGCUUAAAACAUGGAUGUUGUGGAAUUUCUCAGUCGCACCGACCGCCGGAACCUCAAAUCCCAAAUCGGAUUCCAGGUGGCACGAAAGAUGCGGGAAUGGUACGAGGAUGUGGACAAUCGCCGUUGGAACUUGAGUCUCCUACUCCAAAAAGAGGCUUUGCAGGCGGACGAAAAGAUUGCAGAGAUGCUCCAGGAGCAGGCAGAUGAAGCGGAUCGAAGGCGACACGAGUGGAUCGAGAUGGAGCGACUGAAAAGGGAGGAGGCCGAAAAGGAACUGGUCAAAGUUAAGAAGCAGCAAAGGGAGAUUGAAAACUCGGAGGCUCAUCGUCAUAUGCAAACCAAAGAGAUCCUUUUGGAAUCCAAACAAGCUCAGCUCCAUCAAAUUGAGGAGAAAAAGGCUCUCAAGCGUCGACAAGCCUGUGUGGAGAUCCUUUGGCAGCGGGUGUGGCAGCGAUUGGACGAAAGUAAGGCUCAGCAGGAGCAAUAUGAACUGAAACUGCGAAACUUAAUAGAGGGCAGGUGCCAGGCCCAGAAUCUGGAAAUAGAUCGGAAGCUGAAGGCUCAGUUCGCCAAGGAAGUGCUGGCAGAGCAACGAGAAUGCUCCCAGGCUCUGGAAAUCGCUACCGAAAUGGAUGUCCUGAAGAAACAACAUGAACUCAAGAAGGUGAAGGAUAAACGCCACCAGCAACUCACUGACUUGCAGGAUCAGAUCAAACAGAAUCGAAUGACCAGUGUCCAGCAAAUGCAGGCCAAGAUCCGUGAGGAUACGGGGCACAACAUACUCGAAGAUCGGCAAAUUUAUGAGGAGCUCAUGGAGAAGCGAUGCGCCAGGACUCACAAUCGCGAUUGGCACCAGCGGUACAUGACACACACGGCCGAGGAGCGUGCCGCUCGUAAGGAAGAGGAUGAUCGGCGGGAGCGGAAUUACCUGGGCACUGGGUGUGUGCUCCGCCAGCAACAGAAGCAACCAUAUGGCAGAGCAGUGCGUUAAUACAAGUGGACGCAUCAUUGCCAUCGAUCGAUUGACGUCGCACUCAUGUCACGCCUCUCAUAUUUGGAUACAAUAUUGCAAUUAUAUUUAUGACUGAUAUAAAUCAGGCAAUGGCAGCGAUAAGGAAAAGCGUAUCACGCACGGGCGGCAUAAAAACCGUGAUAAUGUCCACCAUCAACGUCGCCGGGGAAGCCGAACAGCUUGUUCAGACGCCAGCGGGCGAAUA